GCACGUUUCAAGAGACUGCUUAGUCAUCAUUUUCCUGGUCAAUCGUUGUCUUUCAGGGAUAACAAUCAGAGUGUACGUUUCUGGUCUCACUCUCACUGGAGUCGGAAGUCUAGAGCAAGAGAUACAAAGAGAUAACUACGACGGCAAGUAGCAAGUGAUCGGUGAUGGAUAGUCCAAGGACGCCUCGUGGGUUGUCGAGCCCGGAGGCGAAGAUCGGGCUUCGGGUGGAGGAUCUUUGGUAUGUGCAGGAACCGAUGCUCAGCCCAUCGGAGAAGCUCAACUCCUGCUUCGAGAGCAUACCUGUAUCCUCCUUUCCUUCCGCUCCUGCUUCUCUAGAAAUUGAGAUACCUUCAGAUGCAAGUUUGUCUGAUGCAGUGGAUACUUUAUCCAAAAACAAGAUCCUCAGUGCACCUGUUCGGAAUGUAGAUGCACCAGAAGAUGCCAGUUGGAUUGAUCGUUACAUUGGCGUUCUAGAGUUUGCUGGAAUUGCUGUGUGGCUUCUACAUCAGACAGAUGUAGCAGCAUCUCAUGGGAAUGACUUUGGAGCCAAUUCUUCAACAGAAGGAAGCUUUUUUGAAUAUCUGACUUCUUCACACUUCUAUAGGAAUACGAAGGUUCAGGACAUUUCAGGGUCAUUCCGCUGGGCUCCUUUUCUAGCGUUACAGAAAGAAGACUCAUUUCUUACCAUGCUUUUGCUACUAUCAAAAUAUAGGAUGAAGAGUCUUCCUGUUGUUGAUCUGGGUGAAGGAAAAAUUGAAAACAUCAUCACACAGUCUGCUGUUGUUCAUAUGCUGGCAGAAUGUGUUGAUCUUCACUGGUUCAAGAACUGGGGAAAUAAGAAACUCUUUGAACUUGGUCUUCCUAUCAUUGAACCAGAAAAAGUGGUUAAGGCCUUCGAGGAGGAACCAGUCCUCAGUGCCUUCCAAUUGAUGAGGAAAAGGAGAAUUGGUGGACUCCCUAUCGUUGAUGAAAGUGGUCAUAAAGUGCUAGGCAAUAUAAGCAUAAGAGAUAUACAAUACCUUCUAACUGCUCCAGAAAUAUACAAAAACUUGAGAUCCAUCACAGCCAAGAACUUCCUUGCAGCAGUCAGAAAUUACUUGCAGGAGCGUGAAGAGGCCUCACCUCUACUUCAUAGCGUUAUCACCUGCAAAAGAACAGACUUACUAGAAGACAUCAUAUUGAAGUUGGAUUCUGAGAAGAUACACAGAAUAUACGUAGUCGACGAGGAUGAAAAUUUGGAGAGUGUUAUUACACUAAGAGACAUUAUCUCCAAAUUGGUACACGAGCCGCAUGGUUACUUCGGAGAUUUCUUUGAUGUUGUGGUUCCACUACCCGCGAACAGUCGGGUUUAAACUGAUGUAGCUUUGGCUUGUGCUUAUUCUGCCCUCCUGCUGCUGUUAAAAGGUUGCUACUAGGCUCUCUUUUUUUUAGUGAUUUUUUAUGCUCACCAUCUUUUUCUGGCGUCUGGUUUGUAAAUUCCUGUGCCCUGCAAUCUUGGGUUGUCUUUUUCUGAUAGUCUUAGUGGAUGACUAAAUACUGUCUACUUGAAAGGAAAGGAUUUUGCUUUCUUUUGACUCA